AUGGUCUAUCUAUCUAUCGCAUGUAACUCGAUUGUGUUCGGGGCCUUUGCAGAGACCACAGAUCGUGUCUCGCUUGGACCUCUCGUCCGCACCCCGGAUCCUGCGCUUGAUCGGACGUCGUGUACGCUUGGAGAGAUGUGACGGAAUAAUAUUGACACCCUCUUCAUCGCCAGUUGAGUCACUAUCGCCCACUUCACCGUGACCUCAUGACGCUCACGAGGAAGACGAUGCAGCUUCCAUUCGGCCCGAGAUGGAACAGGUUGGAGCGGUGUCGCGUAAGUCUGCUCUUGCUGUCGCCGGUGUGUAGCAGCGAUCAGUAA